AAGGAUUACACAACGCAGAACCGGUCAAGUCGGUUUUUCCCAUCGAGAGACAGAAACUAGAGUGACCUCCCUGGAGCUCUCAAGGUCAUGUCUGGGUGCCUGGGCACGAAAAAAGCUAAAAAAAAAUAAAAUAAAAUAAAAAAUCCAGGUUCUGGAACAUUCUAGGACGUUCUAGAAUGUUCCGGGAUCCCUAGAAUUUUUCCGAGGUGUUCUAGAAUGUACCAGAACAUCACCAAGUGAGUCUGGGGGGAUUCUGGGAUACGGGUCUGAGUAGAAGUUUCCCGGCUGGGUGUGACGGGUGUCCUGGUGCCGGCCUGUCCCUGCGGACAUUGACGUGACAUCCCGUGCCCACCGGGGCUGCGGAAACUUCCAGCACAUCGGCAGAGGGUCUCAGACCCCCCAGGACGCUCGCUGGGUUCUCUGGAACAUACUGGAACAUUCUACAACAUUCCAAGACCCCAAAGACACUCUCCAAGCGGUCCAGGGCAUCCUACGAACAUUCUACAAAAUUCUACGUCAUCCACCAGUAUUCCGGAACACUCCAAGACCAGGCGCUCUAGAAUACUCUAAGGCCCCGAGGACGUGCACCGGGCUCUCUGGACGUGUUCUAGAACGUUCCGGAACAUUCCACAGAAUUCCUCGCGAUUCCAAGGACAUUUCCUGGGCAUUCUAGAACAUUCUGGAAUCCUGGAAACACCCACCAGGGGUUCUGGAAAAUUCCAAGGCCCAAGAACGCACGACAGACUCUCCCAGAAUUCCCUGGGAGCACUGACCGUUCCGGAACGUCCCUGGUGUCCAUCAGGAUGUUUGCACAACCUUCGGCCCCGCCAACUCCUCCCCCAGCCCUGGCAAUAAAUAGACGCCGGGUCCCCGCCGGCUCAGACGACGACGAAGACGAUGGUGAUGAAGAUGACGGUGACGAAGGCUCUCCUCCUCGCCCUCACGGUGGGCGUGGCCUGUGCGGACGUCGACCCCGCCCAGCUCUCCGGGCCCUGGCGCACCUCCGCCAUGGCCUCCGACAACCUGGAAAUGAUCCUGAAGGAUGGGCCACUCCCGAUGCUGUUCCGCGAGAUGGAGUGCAACGAGGAAUGCAACGCCCUGAACGUCUUCUUCUACGUCAAGAAGAACAAGGUAUGCACCCCGCACAGGGUUGUGGCCCAGAAGAACGCAGACGGCAUCUACACCACUGACUUCGAGGGCCAGACCUCCUUCCAGUUCCACGAAUUGGAUCCCGUUAGGCAAAUCAUCUUCAUCAAUAACAUGGGGUCCAAAGGCAAGACCAGCCGCCUCAGCUUCCUUGUGGUCAAAUUGAAUAUCAUAAAUGAGGACCCACCAGAGGACUACGCGAGGCUCACGGAGCAGAAUGGGAUCCCGCGGAAGUACAUCCGGCGUGUGGCCGACACAGACACCUGUCCACCCUGAGGACGCCUCCCUUGGAGAAGGUGCCAGAACGUUCUAGACCAUUCCAGAACCGCCCCUGAUCGCCUCACCAUCUCCUCCCACCUGCGAACUGCGCUAGCAUGCUCCGGAACAUUCUAGAACGUUCUGGAUUGAUCCAAGAUGGUCUGGAUUGUUCCAGAAUUUCUAGAAAGCUCCGGAACAUUCUAGAAUCGGCCGUCCCCAGCUUUCUCUGCUUCCUGUUCAUGGAAUAAACUCAUCCCAGGCACAG